AUGAGCACAGCUGCUUCAUACAACAACGAUACUCAUGUGACGUUCAGUUACAAGGGGAAAAGCUACACAGUGCCAACAGGUCUUUUUAUUGGUGGCAAGUUCAUCCCUUCCGUCUCUGGCAAGAAGUUCAAGUCCGUCAACCCAGCUACUGGAGAAGCCUUCAUCGAGUUCUUUGAGGGAGACAAGGCCGAUGUAGACCUCGCUGUCGCAGCUGCCCGUGACGCAGUUCCCCGAUGGGCCAAAAUUACACCAGCUGAACGUGGUCGAUUAAUGCAGCGAUUGGCUGAUUUGUACCAACAAAACCUCCAAGUGCUCGCGGAGCUUGAAUCCAUUGACAACGGAAAGAGUGUCAAUGAUGCUCGUGGUGAUGUUUUGGGAACUAUUGGAUGUUUGAGAUACUAUGCUGGUUGGGCAGACAAGAUCCACGGAAAGGUUGUUGAUGUUGACCCUAACCUCCAAUCCUACACCCGACACGAACCAUUCGGAAUUGUUGGACAAAUCAUUCCAUGGAACUUCCCACUUUCCAUGCAAGGAUGGAAGCUCGGACCAGCAUUGGCUACCGGCAACUGUAUCGUAAUGAAGACCUCUGAAAAAACUCCAUUGACUGGUUUGUUCAUCUGCCAACUCUUCGCUCAAGCUGGAUUCCCACCAGGUGUCCUCAACGUCUUGUCUGGAUUCGGACCAACUUGUGGUAACGCUAUCGCCGUACACCCUGAAAUCUUGAAGGUUGCUUUCACUGGCUCAACUGCUACUGGUCGACGAAUCAUGGCUGCCGCUGCCAUGUCAAACUUGAAGAAGGUCUCAUUGGAACUCGGAGGCAAAUCAGCCAACAUUGUCUUCCCAGAUGCUGACAUCAACAAGGCUGUAUUCUGGUCUACCGUCGCCAUCUUCUCCAACAUGGGUCAAGCUUGUACCGCAGGCUCUCGUGUCUUUGUCCAUGAAUCCAUCUAUGACGAAUUCAUGACCAAGUUCCGUGCCGCUGCUGCUACGUUCAAGGUCGGCGAUCCAUUUGACAAGGAUACUCGUCAAGGUCCUUUGGUCGAUGAGACUCAAUUCAACAGAGUCUUGUCAUACAUUGAACAAGGAAAGAAGGAAGGUGCCAAGGUUGAAAUCGGUGGUCACCGUGUUGGAGACAAGGGAUACUUUGUCUCCCCCACUAUCCUCAGUAACGUUAACGACAACAUGACUGUCGUCAAGGAGGAAAUCUUUGGACCCGUUGUCGUCGCUUUGAAGUUCAAAGAUGAAGCUGAAGUCAUUGCCCGUGCCAACAACACUGAAUAUGGAUUGGCUGCUGCUCUCCACACCAAGAACAUCCAAACCGCCGUCCGUGUAUCCAACGCUCUGAAGGCCGGUACUGUCUGGGUCAACACAUAUCAUCGUGUCAGCGUCCAGAUGCCUUUUGGUGGUUACAAGCAGUCAGGAAUUGGACGAGAAUUGGGAGAAUACGGUCUGCAAGAAUACUUCCAAGUCAAAUCCGUCUUCAUCAACCUGGAUUAA